AGGGGUAGAUGUGUGUACCUCAUUACUUCCAUUGCAUGACUUGAUGCACUGGUAUGGAACUUGGAAGGCAUCGAACAGUCUAGGUACCUACAUUGGGUUUGUGCACAAACAUCUCACAUACCUGCAUAUGUAGGUACAUUUUCAAGUACCUGGUUUUCAUAUGGGGCAAAUUCUCAUACCCGCGGGCGGCUACUUCCUCAAGGUUGGCUUAGGUUGGCACAGCCUUGUCGUAUGCCGACCUCGUGUCCAUCUUUUCUCGAACUUCCCUCCAACUUCGCCCGACCUAUUAUCAAACUUGCCGAUUCACUCACUCCACACCCGCCACAAUGGCCACUCGCAACGUUACCACCAUCACCUCCGUACCACCCGAGGUUAUCUUAGACAUUCUAAGCCAUCUGAAGAAAAAGAGAGACUGGUUUGCUCUGGCCAGGACUUGCCGACAUGCCUCGGUUGUUAUCGUCCCCGAACUCGACAAGUUCAACAGCGAUGAAGGGCUCGACUACGCCUUUUGGUACUCGUGUGUUGCAAGCAACUUUGCUAUACUAGAACCUUACAUAGCCCGCGACCGCGCUGUCGUCAACCGCCACUUCACUCGCGACUUUACAAACAAGAGAAUGAAGUUUCCGUGCGGCAAGGGGAUGACGCCUUUGGCUGUUGCUAUCUUGUCUGGUAGGGACCUCGUUGUCCAGCUACUGCUCCGUAACGGCGCUGAUCCGAACCUCCCCGAUCGCGCGCCUAUGUCGCCAAACUCUGUAAUCUGGUACCCAAUCAAUUGGGCCGUGGCAUCUAAGCACGAAAGCUCCAUCGCCAUCAUUAAGAUGCUUAAGGAUUAUUCGGCCAAUAUAAACCAGGAACCGGGUUCCUGGUCCCCAACUGAAGGGAUAGAUGAAUCACCCGUAGAGUGGCAUAGAGGCAUGAAGUGUGCUCCCAUCUUCCGUCUCUUGCUACUCGAAAAGCCCCACCGCAGUUCUUCGCUUCGCAAGCAGCAAACCAGCUGCGAAAUGUACAAUAAAGACUUCAAGACCAUCCAGGACAUACGCCUUCGCCAGCUCCGGGCUCUUCUGGAGUGCGGCGCUAACACAUCCUUGCGCGAAGAAGAAGGUGGUAGCACGCCUGUUGACUACCUCUUACAGAGCGUUAUGUUUUACCAACCGUGCUUCUAUUUUUCGGACAAGCUAAUGUUGAGCCACGAGGAGGAGGAACAGGCUAGAUUGGUCAACAAUAUUGUUAUCUCCUUCCUUGAGACUCUCCGCGAGUUUGGUGUCGAUACGACAACACAGUUGGACUCAUUUGGUUAUACACUUCUGCACGUAGUAUGUACGCUAACUGACCGCCAUAAACCGCUGAUUCACUGGUUUUUGCGCAACGGUGCAGACAUCAACCGCUCUGCCAUAAAUGGGGACACGCCACUUAUGGAAUAUUGUCACUCGCGUAUGCGUAGUGUAGACAUGUUUAAGGAGUUCCUCAGCUAUCGCCCUAGGGUCAAUCAUCGUAACACGCAGUGUCAGACGGCUCUUCACUUUUUAUGUGCCAACAGUUCGGUGCCCGCCCAGGUACAGGAGAAGGCAGUGAGAAUGAUGCUCGAUGCAGGUGCUAAUCCCACUGCCGAAACGAAACAAGGUGUUACUCCGGCAUAUGAGUUUGCGAUGCAAAAGAUGCACGAUGCACGUGCUAGUGCGGAGGUCAUACCAGAUCUUGAGGAGGUGGAGAAGUUUGUGGCCGAGAACCUAUUCAAGGAUGACGAUGAGGGUGUAUGGAAAAUGCUUAAGGAUGCGGAGGAGGAAUGGAAAGAGCACGAAAUUAAGAAAAAAGGUAGACAGAUACGUGUUCCGACAGAGAAGCGCACUGUUCGUCUUCCAAAUGGUGAAAACCAAUAGCGUGGCAAUCACCAAAGAGGCCGGGCGACUAAUAACAAAGAGAAUGGUCAGGAAUGUCACACACCUGGAAGUCAAGUUCAUGAGCUAGCUAAGUCGGUUGAAACCCUAGAAAUGUGCUACAAAGACCCUGAUAAGAAUCAACAACGUGGUGGCGCCCAAGGAGGUCAUAGAGGUGGUCAUACAAGUGCCGUGACCAAUAUCAAAGCGAACAGGGAGGAAAAUUGCCGUGAGGGUACCCAGCCAGCAUCAAGGCCUCAUGCAGAACGAUCCGUGCUCAAGAAAUUAUGUACUUUCUCAGAGUAAACCGAACCCAACCGGCGACUCGAAUUGAGAGUAUACAUACAUUUGUUGAGUGAAUGUACGGACAUGGAUGGACUGUCAGGACAUAAAAUCCUUAAUCGGAGUAGUUAGAUGCUUUGGUCGCCUUACCUUACUCUAGCUGAUUUAAUGAGGAAUUGCAGUUAUUCGAAUAUGGUUGACGUGUGCGUGUGUCCUCGUGUACGUGGAUGCAUUUCGAACACAUACCUACUUACUUACGUGUGCAAAGAUCCACUUUAGAGCCUGGAAUGAAUACCUACUUGAAGUCAUGAGAGGUAGAAAACCAGAAAAUUCGAAAGUAACUUCGUGUUCAUUCAUUUCUAUAAAGCAGAGUAACUA